ACCCGUUUUGAAAUUUCACGGGGGGUCAAGCGGAGGCAUCCGCUCCGCGCAAUAUCGGCAUUGUGUGCAAAAUAGAGAUAAGACCCGUUCGCGACCUUUCAGUGAACGGUUUACUCGGCUCGGACGGGCCGAAGUGAAAGAGGAAGACAACGGAAAGGAAUAAUAACAACGAUGCUCUGCGAGUUAAGCGCGAGGCUGCGGCACGCUGGGAGGUUACUUUUAAGCCGCAGUCGUGAGAUUUCCGUCGGUCGAGUGAGCCAUGCCAGAGAGUCGCACUUUACGUAUUUCCCAUGCGAGAAGUCGCUUGUCGCCGGUGAGACUCAAAAGCUGAAUAUGUUUCAAGCUAUAAAUCACGGGCUUCAUAUAGCUUUGGAAAAUGAUCCGCGUUCAGUGGUAUUCGGCGAGGAUGUAGCAUUCGGAGGCGUCUUUCGUUGCACGAUGGACUUGAAGAAGCGUUUUGGAGCCAACCGUGUCUUUAAUACGCCUCUUUGUGAGCAAGGAAUUGCCGGUUUCGGAAUCGGCUUAGCCAACGCGGGAAUAUCAGCAAUUGCCGAAAUACAAUUUGCCGACUACAUAUUUCCUGCUUUCGAUCAGUUGGUAAACGAAGCGGCCAAGCUGAGGUAUCGAAGCGGCAAUAUGUUUGACUGCGGCAAACUUACGGUUCGCGCGCCUUGCGGAGCCGUUGGCCACGGAGGCCUUUACCACUCUCAAAGCCCGGAAGCCUACUUCGCGCACACUCCUGGUUUGAAGAUCGUCGUGCCUCGCGGAGCGAUGCACGCGAAAGGUCUCCUGUUGAGCUGCAUCGACGAGCCGGAUCCCUGUAUCAUAUUCGAGCCAAAAACUUUAUAUCGCACUGCGAUCGACGAGGUGCCCCUGGCACAUUACAAAAUUGAAAUUGGCAAGGCUGAGAUUGUAAGAAGCGGUGACGCCGUGACGCUCGUUGGCUGGGGCACACAGGUGCACGUACUGCUGGAGGUGGCCGACCUAGUCGAGAAGAAACUCGGAGCGUCCUGCGAGGUGAUAGACCUCGUCUCAAUUCUACCUUGGGACGCGGAACUCGUGUGCAAGUCGGUGAAGAAAACCGGACGCGCAGUCAUCGCCCACGAAGCGCCGAUGACCAAUGGAUUUGGGGCGGAAAUAACCGCUACCGUGCAGGCGGAGUGCUUCCUGCAUCUGGAGGCACCAGUCCAGAGGAUCACAGGAUGGGACUGUCCCUUCCCGCACAUCUUCGAGCCAUUCUACCUGCCGGACAAGUGGCGUUGCUUCGCAGCUGUUCGAGAUGUUCUCAAGUAUUAAAAUCGUGACAAUGAGUGGUUACACCGAUUAUUACAGUGAAAAAGGGACUAUCGAAAUUUGUUACUUGCAAAACGUACGUUAAUUGCAUCUAAAGCAUUUAUACAUUUUUUUACCGUUUUAGUUAUCAAUAAAAUGUUUAAAAUUUUUAACACGGUA